GCCGGCGAUGGCAGAUAACAAGACGACCCCUUGCAAAGCGUGUACGGGUCCAAACCUGAUAACAGUUCUCUGAUUCAAAAAUCUCCACGGGAGCGAAUUGGUUCAGAUGGUCAUGUAGGGAGUGUAUGCAAGCUUCAACGUAUGCUGUUCAGCGCGAUGCUGGAAGGUCCUUGCGAGGUAGAUGUUCGCGCAGGCCGAAAGUUAGAAAGGCCCUGCCGGAAACCCCGCUUCUCUUAGUUUAUCCAUAUUGGGCUAGCGUGGUUGGAUCGAGCAUCCUCUUAUUCACACAACAACGUCGAUCGACAGUUGCACGAGGCUGUUACAACGGCUCCGUUUAUCCGCAUUGAGGUACUAGUCAUGCCGGGCUUCUUGGACAAGAUAUCGAGAGGGACUCUUGGCUGCUACCAGGGUUUUAUUAUAUCUUGUAGCCAGUCACUCAGC